GGUGGAUUUUGGACGAAACCUUGAAAGCAACAUCCUUUUCCGUCUUCAUUCCCUGGAAGGAGGAAUCAGCCAAUCGCAGCUCGUGUCCUUAGGCAGCGCACGAAGAAGCGACCCGGCGGCCACGGCAGGCUAUCGCUUCUCGGCUACCGGGCUAAUAUGAGCCUUUAAAUUGAGAGUUAAGCUAUUAAACCGGAUGCCUCUAUGAUCCAGCUAACCUUACAGCGAGAUAUACAGUGUUCAGUUUGCGCAAGAGGUGAGCCAUGGCUGAACAUAACCCCACACGUCCCCAAAGGAAGAUGUCCACAGCUGGGGAGAGUGUGUACAAGGUUCUAGGCCUGGAGAAAGGAGCGUCAGCUGAGGACAUCAAGAAAGCUUACAGGAAGCUAGCACUGAAGUACCACCCAGACAAGAACCCGGACAACCCGGAGGCAGCGGAGAAGUUCAAGGAAAUUAACAACGCCAACUCUAUCUUAAAUGAUGAGACCAAGAGGAAGAUCUACGAUGAGUAUGGCUCCAUGGGCCUGUACGUGUCAGAGCAGUUUGGAGAGGAGAGCGUUAAAUAUUACUUCCUCAUGUCCAAAUGGUGGUUUAAGGGUCUGGUACUGUGCUGUACUAUGUUCACCUGCUGCUGCUGUUGCUGCUGCUGUUGUUUCUGCUGUGGGAAAUGUAAACCACCUGACGAUGAUGAAAACUACCAGUAUGUCGACCCUGAAGACCUGGAGGCCCAAAUCAAAGCAGAGCAGGAUGGAGGUUACACAGUAAUCAUAAGCCAGCCAACAUCUAAUCUGGGUCCAGAAAGCCCAGAAGGCCAGAGUCAGCCCAUCCCCCUGCCAAUGCCCAUGCCUCCACCUGAGCCCCAGUUGUCGACCUCGGCCAGUCCAGCAGGGGAAGAAAACCCUGGAGAGACCUUACCAGAGUCAAAAUGACUCGAAAGUGACGGUGUGAAUGAGCCUCAGUUAGUGGAAGCAGCCUUUCGAGCCCCUAUUAUGAUCCAGCCACAUUUGACUGCUGCCAGCGACGCAGAGAUCAACCAGCCCAAAGCCACCAGCCAGCCCAGGCAGACACUUCAAUCCUGAUUCCUUCAACCUACCUGAUCUACCCACUGGACAACACCUGUAAGGUGGGCACUUAAAGGCUCUUGGCCCCCUCCAUGGAACUCAAGUUAUGGAGGAGCCUACAUGCAAAUUAACCCACUAGCUUGGCUUUGCAAAAUUUUAGUCCCCUUUCUUGUUCCAGCUUGCCACAUACUAUAUAGCCUAGCCUGGGCUAGAUGUGAUCUUGCUAGCAGUUCAGUCAUUCAGGCCUAGGCUUGGCAACAUGCCUGGGCUCCACUAAUCUGUUCCUGUCAUCCCAUUACAACCAGUAAGGAUGUGACACUGGGCAGGAAGAUUGCAAAAACAGGGGCAUACGAAGGCAAAAAAACAUGGUCCUCACAAUUAAUCUGCUAUCCAGACCAGGACAGGAAUGAUUGUUUUUUGUCUCUCUGCCCAACUCUCCCCGUCUACCUCCAUUUUGGACACCGCUGGUCACCAAGAGGACUUUUCUUUUUCACAUUUCUCCCUCUUUAACUUGUUUUGGAGUUGUCUUUCAAAAAUAAAAACAACAAGGCUUUUUGGGUCAAUAACUCCUGCAUGGAACUGGAUGCCAGGUGUGAUGUGUACACAUCAGAAGCAAACAGCACGAUGGUGUGGGUGUGGGGAACCUUUUUUUUAUUUAUUUUUUUAUUUUAUUUUUUUUAUCCCUCUUCUUCCUUCUCCUUCAAUCUUGUUUUAACAAUCGCAUUCAGUUAAAUGCAUUACCCCCCUCUCUGAUGUCCAUCCUCUAAAUACGCUCUUGCUGCCAAGUGUGGUGACAAAAAAAUAUUCUUUCAAAGGAAGGAGCACUAACAGUCGCUUCACAGAGCAAAGCUCUCAAUCGGGACACAACUACAUUUCACAUGAAUACACCAAUGUGAAGGGGGAGGGAGGAGAGCGAACAGAAGUGACCGUGGAACUGACAUUCACAGAUUUUGUCUUUGAUGUUCAAUGUCUGAGCCAAAACCUGGAGCUGAAGAUUUAGAGCAUGGAUCAGGAGUGAAGCUGAGGCUGCCCUCCCCAGAACAGCAUGUAUUGUUUUUUCCCGGAUGCAUGCCCCCUACUGUACAGCACUGGAAUACAGUACGCAGCCCAAACCACAAAACGUGAAAGAACAGCCUAGCCUAACCAUACAGACGUACAGACUCUGGUUACACACACACUAAUGUAGAAACACUGUAGUAUGUCGUCGUGUACCAACAUCUGCUAAAAAUAUACAACCCCCAGCAUAACCUAUUAACUGAAAUGGACAAUGACGGAUGCCACACCGUGGAAACUUUUUAUUUUUAAAUUGAAUCAUGAUUUUUUUCAGAUCAUUGCACUCCUUGUUGUGUUGUAGUCAUCGCACUAUUUGGUAGACCAAAGGCAACAGCUCCAUGUAGCCUGCCAACCAACGAUGACUCUGGUCGAGGCAGACAGUCUCUGAAAAUGCCAUUUGCUCUGUAAGCCACAGUUCCGUUUGUCAAAGUUGUUUGUAUAAUAUGCAUUUGGGUCUAUGCACCUUGUGAAGUGGGUCUGUUGCUAUUUCAUAUGGUUUUGUUUUUUUGCCUCUGUUCAAGUUGAAAAUCUUUUGUUGUACCUCUUAUUUCUAAAACUACAGAAACCAUUAACUUUAAAGCUUGAUAAUCUACAAACUCGGGUCCAGAUUCACUAAGACUGCAUUGUAAGGACAAUCUUCUGAUUUUACUGCACCUCAGUUACCUGACUCCGUUUUCAGUUUUCAUUGACUUGACUUGAAAAGAGCACAGAGCAAUCGCUCAACUCUUUACUAGACUUUUUGGGCACUCUUAUUUUACAGGACUAAUCCAUUAAGUCCUGCAUCUUUUCACCAUAAAUCAGCUUUUUGUUGUUCUGUCUUGAGUUUCUAAGAUAGAAAACUCUUUCACCUGCUCCCUGACAGUGAUGUGCCUUGAACAAUAAUUUGACCAGUGACUGAAAAAACUUUUGAUGUAACAUUUAAAUGUCUCACGUACGUAUGCGAGAGUAUUGUGUUGGUGUCUUGUUUAGCGUGACUUCACUUAUAAAUAAAGUUGGGGGGUGAGACAGGUACAUGGCCAUGACUGGUGAAAAGAGGCGAUUUUCAUUUGUUCUGCACCGUAGCUUUUCUCAUUGUAUUUUUGUGAUUUUUUCAUCGCUCUGUCAUUUGGUCAUGUAUUAUUGCUCUUUCCUGUGCAAACCUUCAGUGAAUCUGGACCAGUGGUGUUGUUUCACCUGCACCGAACUGCAUGUUGACCACAGCGACCAGAGGUCUUUUGAGAUGAUCCUGACUUUAGCGAAAAACGUUGAUACACUUGGUCUAAAACACAUUUUCACUUUAAGUCCCAUUUUCCUUUCGCUGGACAUGCUCACUCAAGGUUUUAGACCACUCUUUUGUUUGUUUAACAUUUUCCCUUUGGAACUUAGUCAAAAUAGAAAGGAGCAUUUGCCCAUCAUGUCUGCAUGGUCAAACGUUAAGCUGCAGCUAACAAUCAUUUUAUCCCUUUGUCUGAAUAAUGUCAGAAAAUAGUAAAAAUGGCCAUCACAGUGUCCCAGAAGGAAAGGUGACAGGUGUCUGCUUUUUGGACAGUCUGUUGGACAUAAACAAAGACAUUUAGUUACUAUCAUGUAAGACAGAGAAAAGCAGCGAAUCAUCACGUUUGCUUGAAACAAAGUAGAAUUUUUGCUUGAUAAAUGACUCAAAUGAUUACUCAGUUAAUUUUCUGUUUCUGCUCUUACAUUAGGACACUAGAGGUUCUUGAUUGAGUUACUGCCCCAAUCACAAGAUAGCUGUUGUUAGGAUUUAAGUUGGUGCAGCACUGUGCUGAAUUUUGUGGGGACUGAUCUGUCUGUAUAAAGGGCUAUUAAGAGUGGUGACAGGUUGUGUUAAUCUAAUUAGUUAGCUGCUCAAAUCAUGGCUGUGUUCCAUGUACAUUCAGAAGUCAACCCUGGUGUGGUCCAGCUCAAAAGGAAAAGUGGAUUUGUUUCCCCUCUAACCACUAAAUAUACCGUUCACCCUGCGAACUGUACUGAGUAUUGUUUACUCUAGUUUUCCACUUCUUAACCACACAGGUGCUUUGAUAGAUUUAACACACUUCUUCUGGAACGUGAGGAUUAUUAAUCUUGUAACAUAAUUCUGGUGAGCAUUUGUGCCAGAAUACAUUGUCUGCCACUUUAACAUUACAUAACACAUAAAUCUGCAGGUUUGUGUGUCACGUGGACAUAAGGCUGUACCGAAUGUUGUUCCUCUAUAUUUUUUUUUGUUUGUUUACAUUCAAAGCUUCUCAAAGCUUUUCAAAUGAAGCUUUGAAUGCCUGUCAUCAUAUUUUAUGACAUCAUCACCCUAUUCGAUUGUCAACAAUAUAAACGAAGCUUCGAACUAUUCGGUACUACCCUACAUGGACACCGAAACAUUCUCAUGUCUACCUAACUACAAUAAAAAUGUUAAGCCAAAUCUGCCUGGGUUUUUUAAAGGAAUAGUUUAACAUUUUUGGGAAAAAAGCUAGGCUAGCUGUUUUCCCCUGUUUCCAGACGUUGUGCUAAGCUAACCAUCUGCUGGCUGAAGCUUCAUAUUUACUGUACAGACAUGAGUGAUCAAUUUUCUCAUCUAACUCUCAGCAUGAAAGCAUAUUUCCAAAAAUGUUCAACUAUUCCUUUAAACUUAUUUAGACUUAUUUGAGUAGAACGAAACGUUUUUUAAAAUGCUUGAAAUGAAAUAAACAUUUGCAAUUGUUUACUUUAGUCAUUUGGAUGUCAAAAGGUUGAUGUGCUGUGGAGAAUGAUUGCCUAGUGCAGAGUACUGUUGCUUGUAGGUGAAUUUUUGUAACUUUUAAAUAAUUUUCUCCCUUUCUGGUGGCAGGGUUGUUUUUCUCCCACAGUAAAUAAACGCCAUAGUGUGUCUGUGUAUGAAGCUGAGGUAGAUGUAAAGUAGGGACACAACACUACAGUUAAACUUUUCUCACAGCUUCUAAAACUCAAUAUUGCCUGGUGAACUGCAAUAAACUAAUUUAGAACUACACUAGAUGUAGGACCAGCAACCAAGGUCUUUGUUUCAUUUUGUGGAUUGCAAAAAGUUCAUAAACCAGCUUAGAUAUCUCCAUCACUUUAUUUUGGCCCUGUCGUUGAUGGAUUACAUAUCAUCUUGUAUUUCUCAGAGGAACUUGACGGUCAUCACUUCAUCUCAAUUUUUUUUAACCAUCGAAAGCCAAAACCUGUAUUUUCUUUCUUUUUUUUAUGUGUCCCAUAACAUUUCAGGAAUAAUUAUGUUUUGUCUUUCUCCAGAUCUUCUGUAAUCAAAUCACUUAAGUGUAAAAGCGACGAGGUCAUGGAGCACUGAAAGAGAGACAUAUUAUUUAUUAUUUUUGUAAUUGUUGUAAAUAACUCAUUAAACAGAAAAAUAACUGACAAAAUUCCUUAUUGUUAAUGGACAUCUUUUAUGAAUUAAUGUCUGUUUUAACAGUGUACAUACAUUUUUAUUUUAUUUUUUAUUGUCACAUAAUUUAAACUUAACAUUUCUAACGGGGGUUCUGGUAGGGGUCAACUUGCGUGUUAAAUGAGCAGCUCAGACUCAAGUUAUUUGUGUUUGUACUUUAAAAUACUGGCUUAAAUGCUCCAUGCUAACCUGUUAGCAUACACUGUGUUUAGCAAUACAAACUACAUGCUUAUGUAUGCUAAAACAGUUAGCGUGGAAGUAACGUUCUUCCAGGGACAGACGGAUGAUUUGAUUAUUCUAAUUACUCGGUCGACCAGUGGGACAAUCUGCCAAAAUUGCUCCAUUUCUUUUAAAUGUGAGAAGAAAAUAUUAUAUUGAACUUGGAGUAGAAGAACAUGACAAACACAUUUUAUUAAUGUAGAUAAAGUUUUUUUUGGGUUGGGGGGGUGUGUCACUCACUGUUGUGGUUCCAUGUAGAUGAUCUGUAAAUGAGUUGUUAUGAAAUUCAACCAAAUAAAAAAGGGGGAUUUUAUAA